AUGAGUAUCCCUGCUGACAUUGCAUCUUUGAUUAGUGACAAGUACAAGAGUGCCCUCGACAAUGGUAGCUUAAAGUUCGUCAAGACUGAAAGUAAAAAAUUAAAGGAUCCAAAUACUGGUAUGCCAUACUUGAUUAGCCACAUGCCAAGUUUGUUAGAAAAGCCAGAACGCGGCCAAACUCCAGAAGGCGAAGAUCCGUUGGGCCAAGCUGAGGCGGAAUUGACAGUUAUUCCAGAAUUUGGUGGUGCCGAUAACAAAGCGUACAAAUUACUAUUAAACAAAUUCCCCGUAAUCCCUGAACAUUCUUUAUUGGUGACAAACGAAUUCCAUCACCAAACCGAUGCUUUGUCCCCAACUGACUUAUUGACUGCUUAUAAAUUGCUAUGUUCUUUGGACGAUGAAGAUUCCAACAAGAGACACAUGGUCUUUUACAAUUCCGGCCCAGCCAGUGGUUCUUCUUUGGACCACAAGCAUUUGCAGAUUCUGGAAAUGCCUAAAAAAUUCGUUACUUUCCAAGAUAAACUAUCUAGUGGUAAAGAACAUUUUUUGCCAACUUUCAACGCCGAACCAUUGCAAGAUGCGAAAGUUUCGUUUGCUCAUUUCGUCUUGCCUAUGCCAGAAUCUGAAGAAGCGGUCGAUGAAGACUUAUUGGCCAUGUGUUACAUCUCCAUAUUACAAAGAGCUUUGACCUUUUUCCAGGAUUGGACGAACGAUAAACCAGAUCUAAAGAAAUCUUACAAUCUUAUGUUAACUAAAGAAUGGAUUUGUAUCGUUCCACGUUCAAAGGCCUUUUCCGACCAAAUGAAAAUAGGUUUCAACUCCACCGGUUACUGCGGUAUGAUCCUAACCAAAGACGAUGAAGUUUUCUCCAAGAUUACUGAGAAGCCUGAAUUAAUUAACGAUAUCUUAUUAGAAUGUGGUUUCAAAAACACUUCUGGUCAAAAACCAAACGAAUACAACUACUAA